AUGGCUGGAGUGAGAACUGGGGCUUUAGGCCUCGGAAAACAGGCCCGAUUUGUCAUGUACUCUUCGAACAGAGGUUAGUUUUUUUUAUCUAUUUCGAAAAAAAAAUAUUCGGGAUUUUGAAUUAAAAUUUAAUGUGAGAAAAAAAUCUACUUACAUCUUCAAAAAAAAAUCUUGUUUUUUUUCGCAAAAACAUUUUUCAAAAUCUCAAAAAUUAUGAAAGGUAAGAAAAUCUAUCUUCCUGAGAAAUUUGCCUCGUAAGAUUUUUUAUUUCUGAAAAAAAAGAAAAAGAGAAUUUUCUAGUAACAUGCAAUAUUUUUUUAUUCGAGGUAAGUUUCGAUUUUCUCACCAUGUGAAAGAAUAUUUAAUCAAAAAUGGCUAGGUUAUUUUCCAGUUAGCCAGUCGUUUUCUUUUUAUUUUGUUGUUAUGACUUUUUCUGAAAAACAGAAAAAAAAAGUUCCAAGAAAUGAACCAUUAGAAAUGUGUCCCAGAAAAUUAUAAUAGUUCGAAAAAAAUAGAAUGGGUCCUAAUUGUUUUCAUGGGUUCAUCAACAAAAAUUUUCAGAAUGACCGUAAUGUUGUUGUAUAGCCAGAUUCACCUUGAAAAUCUUGAAAACAUAUACGGUAAAAGAUACCCUACAUUUUUACAGCCUCAUUCAGACCCUCAAAACUCGGCCUGUGAUUUUAUAGCCCGAUUUAGAACCUUUCAUAUUAUUAUUGGACCCUUGUAUUGGCAUUUAGCUAAAAUCUGGGACGUAUCUGAAAAAUCCAAAUAUUUUUUGUCCAAAAAAAUUUGCAAAUUUCCAAGUCUCUCUCUUCUGAAGACAAAUUGAUGGGUGUCAUGAACUCGUCAACACUUGAACACUCCAUUUUAUUUUCUCUAGUUUUUUUUUAUUCUUCACAUUUUUUUUGUUUCUCAACAUCAUCGGAUUAUAGUUCCUCUCUAAAGAUUAUCUGAAAAUAAAAUGAAAAAAAAAAAGGAUUGAAGAGCAGCUGAAUUAUUUUGUGAGACCAGAUGAAAAAAUGAAAGAAAUCGGAUACUCGUGCGAUUUUUUGGCGUGAAAUUUGACGAGCUCAUUUCGUUUUGUCUAUUUUAUCCUAUUUUUGCACACGAUUUCAAUUUUAAAUCGAAAUUAAGUGUUUUAUUCAUCGACAAAAAGUCAUAAAUUUUCCAAAUAACCCAUUAAAAUGUUCAUCUAAUUUUCAUUACUUUUUUAUUUUGAUUCACUCAUUUAUUCAGAUUGGGAAUCAACUCGUGAAGAAAAUCGAGAACCAAGAAAAGUAUCACAAUACGGUAAAAGAUACGGUGUGGCUAUGAGUAAUGCAGAAACUGUGAGACAAAAGUGGAAAAUGAGAAGGAAAUUGUCUGAUGUUAAAGUUAAGGUAAGUCGUAGUAUUUUUUGACAACUCGGAAUUACUGUAUAGUUUUUGAGAAAGAGCAAAUGAUUCGGAUUACUGUAUUUCACGGAAAUAAAUACAGCUUUUGAGUGAGAGAUAAAUCAUUCUGCGGUACUGUAGUUCAAAAAAUAACUCUAGAGUACUGUACUAAUAAAAAUUCUGCAAAAAUUGACUAUGGGUUACUGUAGUUUUUACAUUUAAAUGUUUGGAAAUUCCUGAGAAAUGUGUCACUCGAAAAAUGGCGAAAGAAUGUUUCCGGAGUUUUUAGAAAUUGGAGAUUUUCGAGAAUCAUUUCUCAACUCCAAUCAAUUCUUCCUAACAAUAAAAUUAAAAUUUUCAGCUAUGUGAUAUAACAUUAGUAAUGGCUCUCGCUGGUUUGAUUCUUGCAAUAAUCGAUCUCGAAAUCUGUGCAACAGGCGUUUUUCUAAAAUUCAUGUCAGUAUCCGAAAUCUCAUUUAUUCUUCGAUCUUCUUGUAUUGCCAGCACUGUUCUUCUAAUAAUCCUUCUUCUAAUGUAUCAUUAUAUCGAUAUUCAAAUUCAAAUGGUUGAAACUGGAACAACAACUUGGCGAGUUGGUUUAACAAAACAACGAGCAUUACAAAUAUUAUUAGAAGUAUCGAUUUGUGCAAUUUGUCCAAUUCCUGAGACUGGAAUUUUGCAUUGGCCUCAAUUAUCAAAUAUUCCCGCAAAAACAAAACUUCUUGUUCCGAUUCCUGUUAGUGUUCUUUUAACACUUCCAAUGUUUUUAAGAUUUUUCAUUGCAUGUCGAUAUAUGGUUUUACACAGUCAACAACAUCAGGUAAAAUAUUAUUAUACUUUGAGAAAUUUGAAAAAAAAAGGAAUUUCAGGAUACCGCAACUCGAACAAUCGCAUCAUUAAAUCAUAUCGCUGUCGAUUUCAGAUUUGUUUUGAAAUCUGAAAUGUAUGAACGACCAUUAUAUGUUCUAUCAAUUGCCUCAAUUAUGUUUUGGUGUGUUGUUUCAUGGAUGUUAACACAGUGUGAAAGGUUUGUAAUCCAAUUUUUCCGACAAUUCAAAUGUUUCUUCAAGAUAUGCUUAUCCAACAGUUGGUGGAUUUCAAAACUUCUUAGAUUAUCUGUGGUUUGAGAUAAUUGUAAGUUACAAUCUAAUGUUAUUUCGAAAGUUCCACAAUUUUUAGACAUUCUUUUCCAUUGGAUAUGGUGAUGUCCAAGUGAAUACAUUUUGUGGGCGUGGUUUGGCAAUGCUCACUGCAAUUGUUGGCACACUUUUCUCCUCAACAUUAAUCGCAUUAAUUAGUCGGAAAUUAAUUUUAACAACAAGCGAAAAACGUGUAAAUCACAUCAUUGCUGAAAACGAAAUCACCAAAAAGUAGGUUUUUUUUAAUGAUUUCUGAAAGAACACCUGAUUUUUUAAACUAUGUAUGUUUUUCAGACAUAAAAAUGCAGCAGCAUGUGUUCUUCAAAAUACGUGGCGAACUGUUCUUCGAACCCGAGAAUAUUCAGAAAAAAAUUCGAAAACAUAUCAAAUGCGAGUUGCUGCUGCACAAAGAGCGUUGCUCAUAUCAAUAUUAGCAUUUCGAAAAACACGUUGGCGACUUCGAAUGCAAUUAGAAGAGGAGGAUGAUUUCUUCACUGCGAGACGAGCUUUUAAUGAAACCGAAGACCGACUUCAAAAAGUUCGACAACGACAAUCACAACUUGAUUAUAAAAUAUCCAAACUUUUUGAAACUGUUGAAUUGUUAACCCAAACUGUGAUAUGUAGCUAA